UUAAAUGAAAAAUAUUAAUCAGAUUCUCGUGUUUAAAGAGAGACGAUCGAUCAGCCAAUAGAAGAUUACUACUUUUUUUCUCGCUCUUUUUCAGAGCUUGGUGUUUUUUUUUUAAAAACAUUUCCAGAAAGAUGGAGAUUUCAAGAGGAGGUUGAAGACAGCGAAGCAGAUGUUAUGCAUCGGACCCAACACAGAUGCACGCACAUAUACACUAUAUUAUAUAAGCGAAUGUAUGUAUAUACAUAACAGGGAGGAAAAAAGAAAAGGUGAAAUCAGGUCUCUGGCUUUUCUCAUAUUUCGUUGGCUCUCUCUGUCUCCUCUCUCUCCGGCCAUUGUCGUGGGUUCCCACUUGCAGCUUUCUUGUCUUCUCCCUUGUUUUUCCCCCCCCUAAUUACCCUCAAGAGAAAACUCCAUCCUUCCGUGUAAUCGUCCUUCUUCUUCCUCUGUUUUUGCAAUACAUAUAAAGGGUUUCAUUUUUUUUUUUCGUAUUGGGAGGGGGAAAGGUUGCAGUUUUGGGGAUUGGUUGAGAAAACCAGUGACGAGCCCGAACAGGAAAUGGAAAAGUGAAAGAAAAAUGGUUCCUUUGAUGUGAAUUGAGGAUUGUCUGGGCGUUGUUUUCAAUUUUGGGCAUCUGGGUAUUUCUGGUUUCUCUCUCCUGGAACAUUUCGGCGAUGGCUCAACAGAGACAGUUUCAGAUGGAAGGUGGUGGGGCCAACACGGCGUCGCAUAACGAUACGACGUUGACGAAGAUCUUCGUUGGUGGGUUGGCGUGGGAGACGAAGAGAGAUACGAUGAAGCGUUAUUUCGAGCAGUUUGGCGAGAUUGUCGAAGCCGUCGUCAUUACGGACAGGAACACCGGAAGAUCCAAAGGAUAUGGAUUUGUGACGUUUAAGGAACCGGCGGCGGCGAUGAGAGCCUGCGAAAACAUAUCUCCGGUGAUCGAUGGAAGAAGAGCAAAUUGUAAUCUUGCUUGCCUCGGUGCCCAGAAAACUCCAAGACAUGGUUUUCUACUUCUUCUUCUUCUUCUUGAACAGGGAGGUUCAGUUCAGCAUCAUCAACCCGCUGCUCAAUUUGCAUUUCCAUAUCCUGGUUACGGGUUUGCUGGUUAUUCUCAAGAGGGCAUGUACCCCAUGAAUUACUACAACCAUAUGUAUGGAGGACAGCAGUUCUCGCCAUAUUACGGGCCAUCGGGGUCAGCUGGUGGCAUGUUCCAUGGUUUCUACCACCCGUUCUACCCACAGUACAGCACGCAGAGUGGCAGCAGCGCCCAAGCUCAUGGUCAUCAUGGUUAUGGCCUUCAAUACGCUCCUUCUCUUCUGCAGUACCCUUACUUGCCUCCUCCGCCUCCCAUCCUCUCCCUUCCGACAUCUUUCACUCUGUCUUCUUCUUCUUCUUCUUCAGUUGGAGUUGGGGUAACGUCUGUAGCCGCAGCAGCAGCAGCGCCAAUUCCAUCUGCAACGGCGGGGCCCUCACCAAGAACAACGACAGCGACGGCUACAACAUCUGCAACUGCAGCUGGAGAGAAACAACAGACAUGAUCUUGUCGUCCGGCCACUAACGAGAUCAAUCACAUCCAUAAAAAAAAAGGGUCUUGAUCAUAACAGUGAAACAAGAAGCACAUGACGAUCAAAGCCAACGAUUGAGUGCUCAAACAGGCGGAUACCUGCUACAGAACCAUGCAAAGUUUACCAUCCACAGCAUUCUACAACAUGAUCACUUAGUAGGCAGUCCAUUGGUUUUCUUUAUUUUUUUUUUCCUGAUUACUUAUGAAAAUCUAGAACUAGCUAGGACUCUAGGGAGCCAUCACAUUCUUUACUUUCCGACAUUCAUCUCAUCAGGUAAGAAUCCGAGGAAUAGGUGGCCUUGGAUUCCCUCCAUCCAAGAAAAAAAAAACCGGUUUCAUUUCGAAUGAUUCCGGUGUUGGAUGCAAAAAGCGUCCAUUUACACAACUCUGAAUUCGAUAAGUUUUUUCUUUCUUAAAUUUAGGUUCAGAAGAUCCGUUUUAUGUAUUCUUUUGAACCUUUGAACUGAUUCAAGAAGGGGGCUUGCUUCGGAUAAGCUUUAGCCCUUUCUUUCAUAUAUCUUGGUUAACUUUGUAAUUCUUUGCGUUUGUUAUCUGCUGCUGUUCUUGGAUC